CAGUUCAGCCCAUUGCAAAGGUUCCGCCAGAAGUGGACACUCGUGCAAUGACGUACAUCCGAGUCAACGAGACCGAGGGAAGUUAGCGAGGGAAGGGCUUUUAAAAACCGAACUGGAACACAGUCUUGGAAGCAUAAAAGAAGGAGCGACAACAGUGAAGGACGAGAGAGGAACAGGCCUGGAGUUUGUUUUAUUAUGUUUGUGUGGCCGGCAGACGUCCGUGAGGGUCUGUCAGCAUUACUUUCGUUUUGUAUUUGUUUAUUUUUAUAUAUUAAAGUUGUGUUUAAUGUUCGACGGUUCCCGCCCCCUCCUUCCCCUAUCAACAAACUAUGGUACAACAACAUUCUUCAUUAUAUCUUCUUUUGUGUUCAGCAGAAGAAAAAACAAAAUUCAUACCAGUUUGUAACAACUUGGGUGAGUAAAUGAUGACAGAAUUUUCAUUUUGGGGUGAGCUAACCUUUUAAGCACAAAUUGUAUUUAGUUUUUUUGUAGGCACUAAAACAGUCCAGUACUUUAUAAACUCAUCUCUAUGUUGAAAUAACAAAGAUGUCUAUGUCACCCCGGGCUGGUUUUCUGGCCCCUCCCUGGCCAUCUCUAUGAAAAUAUCUUGGCUUUGCCACUGGUUGGGAGUGAGAAUGUGUUGCUCAUUCACAGUGUAUAAAUAUGACCAAAUGACUGACAUCUGUUCAAGAGUGAAUCCUCAUCCUACAGCAGACGGAUAUAUAUACAUAUAUAUAUAUAUUUUUUUUUUUUUUUUUCCACUAUUCAACAUGUACCUGCACUGGCUGAUAUUUUUUCUUGCCUUAAUGGAUACAGGCGAGCAGAUGAGCACAUGGUGGGUGUCAGAAGGUCCAGUCUGCAGUGCAAAAGAAAAAGAUACAGCUAAAAAGACACUUUAUGAACAUCUCUACUUGGCGAAGAAUGACUCUCAGAAUGCCAGAAUGUUGCCCUUGAUAUUCAACGAACAUGAGUGCUACAACUACCUCCCUAUCAACAUUCGUGUGAACCUACAUGUGACCUCCAUCAUAAAUGUGGAUGAAAAAGCCCAGAGCCUCACGACACUGGUCAAAAUGAUAACUGCGUGGCCAAAUUUAAAUAUGAUGUGGUAUCCUGAUGGAUUUUGUGGAAUUGCAACAUUUGCAGCCCCUAAAAAUAUGUUUUGGACUCCAGACAUUGAUAUAAUGGAAAGCAUCAAGAAAGAGUUUGGAGCAAAUGAUUCUCCAAAUGUGCUGUUGUUCAAUUUCGGCUUUACAGUCUCACAUGAAGUUUUAUCUCUGACCACGGCCUGUAAGAUGGACCUCUACAGGUUUCCCUUCGACACCCAACGCUGCAGUAUAACACUUCAGUCUCCAUCAUAUUCAAUGCAGGAGAUUACAAUUAACACAAUACCUGAUGAAAAAAACAUCACCCAGGAGUCAAAAGAGCGCUUUCAGGCCCAGGGAGAGUGGGAGCUCCUCGAUAUAACUUAUAUGAAAGAUAUCCUCAGUCAGUGGAUUGAAGUGGAUCAGCUGAUAUAUCAGAUCACCAUAAAAAGGAGACCUCAACUGUAUGCCAUAAAAAUCAUAGUACCAGUAUUUUUCUUCCUUGUGCUGGAUGUGAUCUCUUUCUUCAUUGAUGCAAGAGGAGCAAACAAAUUGAUCUUUAAAGUGACUUUGCUUCUGUCUAUUUCUGUGAUGCUGCUGAUUGACAAUGACACACUGCCCUCUUCAUCUGAACGAAUCCCACUGAUUGGGAUUUAUUGCUGUGGGAUUUUCUGUCUCAUUGGCAUCAGCAUUCUGGAGACCAUCCUUGUGAAUUUUCUGAAGACUAAAGGAGAUAAGAUGAGAUCAUUGGAAAAAACAGCCGCUGUUAGUGGCCGAGAUGACAGAGACCUGGAGAAACUUACAGACUCAGAUAUAUACGAGAAUACCAGUGAAGAGCAGAUAUGUACCUCCGACGGUCUAAAGCUGAUCGUCACUAAGGCUCCAGCUCAGCUUCCAACUCAACAAAAGGAUCAGCCUCCAACUCAGCAAAACCAACGAGAGAAGAUACCUCUGUCCUGGACCAGAGUGGCAAAAAUCAUAGAUGUGACCUUCUUGAUUCUUUACAUAAUCACUAUUAUUGUGUUUAUGUCUGUGCUUUGGAAGCUUUGGAUCCCAUAAUGAAAUCUUAUGUACAUGAUAUAUCAUACAAUAAUAUAUUUUAUUCAGAGUUUAUAUAUAUAUAAAUAUAUAUAUAUAUAUAUAUAUAUAUAUAUAGAGAGAGAGAGAGAGAGAGAGAGAGAGAGAUUUGAUUUUUAGAAAAAACUUUAUUACAAAUAACCUUUAUUACAAAUAAAUUCUUCUCUUUUUUGUAUUAACUCAAAAAUUAAAAAUAAAAAAAUAGUUCAUCAGCAACAAUUGUACACAAAACACUGCACUUACACCAUUUUAAAUCAAAAGUAGAAAGAUCACACAUAGCUUUAUAAAAUCUAAAAUCAA